UCCGCUGCCCUGUGCUCUCUAUCCCCCGGCGAUCAGACAGACACGGAUAGGGGAUAUCUCAGGAAGGUUGGGCAGGAUGGGGAGACAGAUCAGCUGUUGAUGAAGGAAGUCUGACGUAGAUGCUGAGCCAGAGGAGAGCCCAGGGAGCAGCAGCAGUAGCAGCAGCAGCAGGAGUGGGGCUGUAGAUGCCCUCUCCACCGGUCCAGCCCCCCCUCAGGCAUCUGUGGGAGAGCCGGGUCAAAGUGGAGACAGUUCCUGCUCUGACUCUGACAGUCCUGUAGAUUCCAGCUCCUGCAAGGAGGAAGAGGGGGAGGACGAGGAAGACCCAACAAUGUUCUCCUCCAAAUUCCUUAGUGGGGCAAACCCCCUCAAUGCCGUGUCCUCUGCUGUAAAUAAGUUUGGUUUGUUUGGAGAUGAUGGUGAGGGGGAUAAAAAAUCACCUCCCCAGCAGGGGCAAAAGCAAUCUGGAGAACAGAAGCCAACAGCAGGCUCUGGAAAAGACCAUCAACAGCAACCGCAUCCCCAUAAACCAGGCCAAUCUCCCCCUAUGCAAAAGACCCAACAACCUCCCAAGCAAGGUUCACCACAGCUACAUGGAAAUGGACAAACUGGCCCCUCAAACAAACCUGCUGGGCAACAAACAACUUCAAAGACAGGGGCUCAACCUGAAGUCCAGCCUAAAGGAGAACCCCCCAAAAACCAACCUAUACAGCAAAGUUCUCCUAAACCUGGAGCUCAACAACAGACAAGGAUGCAGCAACAAAACCCCACUAAGACUGGUGCACAAGGGUCAACAAAGGUUGGGUCUGAGGUUGGAAAACAACAGCAGGCAUCACCAAAAAUUGGGCAGCAACAGCAUGACUCGUCUAAGGCAGGACCAGAGCAGAAAGGCAUCAGGGCCACAUCCCAACAGCAGUCCUCUGAUAAGCAAGGGAGUAAGGGACCUGGUCCAACUGGCAUGACACAAGCAGGGUCUUCAUCACCUGGAACAGCUAAAGCAAGAUCAGGGUCAACAGCAGUAGCAAAGCUUUGCCCAGUGUGUAAAACAACACAACUUACAAAAGAACCAGCUAACCAUAAAACCUGUACACAGUGUAAAAUGGAUGUGUGCAGCUUGUGUGGCUUCAGCCCUCCAGACUCUAAUGCACACGAGUGGCUUUGUCUUACUUGCCAAAUACAGAGAGCUCAAGGAUCUUCUGAACUGCCAGGACCUCCCAUGAAAAACCCCACACCUAACAAAAUGUCUGGUCCCCAAAAACAGACACCAUCAGCUGCUGAGCCUGUCAAAAAGGAAAUAUCAGCACCAGGUUCACCGCAGAAAAUCCAGUCUAAAUCAACAAAAGUGCCAGAAAAGGCAGAAGCUGCUAAAGGACCGGAGGCUCAAAAAAAAGGCAGUCCAGCACCUGUUCAGAAAAUGACACCUGAGGCCCAGAGAGCAUCAGGAUCUCCUAAGCCACACCAAACUAAUCAGACUGAACGCAAGCAAAGCAGUGCCACCUCAGCACCCCAGCAGCAGUCAGGAGGUUUAUUUGGCUUUGGAGGUACUAAAACUGAAACUGCAAAGACAGAAGAUUCAGUGACUGGAAAGAUGUUUGGCUUUGGUUCGUCUAUUUUUAGUUCUGCAUCUAAUUUGAUAGCUUCUGCUGUUCAAGAUGAGGCUAAAACAACUCCACCGGUUUCUCCUAAAAUGCAAUCUUCCAAGGAGACCAAACCGCCUUCUAUCCAAAAGUCAGAACAAGACAAGAAACAAGAACAACCUCAACAAGCAAAGGUUCAUCCAGCUGGACAGGCAAAAGCAGAAAAAUCCCUGCCAGUCACUCCAAAGACAGCAACAACUUCCCACACUGCUCCGACUACAAGCCAAUCCACUUGUCCUCUCUGUAAAAUAGUGCUUAACAUGGGCUCGAAGGAUCCUCCCAACUACAACACAUGCACUGAAUGCAAAACCGUUGUCUGCAAUCAAUGUGGUUUUAACCCCAUGCCAAACGUUAAUGAGGGGAAGGAGUGGCUAUGUCUAAACUGCCAGGUGAAACGGGCUGCUGGAGGAAUUGAACCUCAAAUUGAUACAUCUUUGGGAAAAUCUUUCAAAAAGACUACUCCCACACAGCCUACACCACAGAAGACUAAUGCACCAGGCUCUCCCCAGAGAAAAGUACCAACAUCAGCACCACAGCCAGCAAAGACUAAAGAACCAGACAGUCAAAAGGCAGUCAGCCCAGCUCCUGGUCAAACAGCAUCUCAGGAGAACAAGAAGACACAACCGCAGCAGACGAAUCAAACUGUAGGAAAGCAGGAAAGCACCACUAAAGCUGCACAGCAAGAGUCCGGAGGCCUCUUUGGUUUUGGUGGUGCUAAAACUCAGCCUGAUGCUACAAAGCCUGCAGAUUCAGUGACAGGGAAAAUGUUUGGUUUUGGUUCCUCCAUUUUCAACUCUGCAUCUACUUUGAUUACCACAGCUGUUCAAGAUGAACCUAAAAGUACACCACCUGUUUCUCCCAAGAUGUCUGCUGCAAAGGAUUCUAAACCCCCCACUUCGAAAUCUCCUCUUCCAGUCAAGAAGCUGGAAGAGGCCAAAAAAACAGAGGAACUACAGAAAGCCAAGGGCUCACCACCAGUACAGCCAAAAGCAGACAAGCCAUCAUCAGAGCAACCAAAGAAAGCAUCAGCUCCACCAGUUGUUUCCAAGGCAGGCCAGUCUACCUGCUCUCUCUGUAAACUGGAACUUAAUGUGGGCUCUAAAGAUCCUCCCAACUAUAAUACUUGUACUGAGUGCAAAAACACUGUCUGCAACCAGUGUGGAUUUAAUCCUAUGCCAAAUGUUAAGGAGGUGAAGGAGUGGCUAUGUCUCAACUGUCAGAUGCAGAGAGCACUUGGAGCAUCAGAACCUCCAGGAACUCCCAUGAUGAAAAUACAGGCUUCACCGAGUAAAGUCACUGCACAAGACAGUGCCCUAAAGAAGGAAACUCCCCCAGUGGAUAAACUUCAAAAGAAAGAGAAUGUGACAUCUGCUGAAUCUAAAUUAAAGGAGCCCUCUCCAUCAAGCUCACCUCAGCGGAAAGUGCAAAAGCCAGGAGAACAGCUGGCAAAGACUGAAGAUGUGAAAGGAUCUGAAAGUCAUAGGCAGGCCAGUCCAGCUUCUGGUCAGAAAAAUGCACAGCAAAGCUUGAAGACAGGUCCUCAGAAGCCAACAGAUCAGAUAAAUCAACCAGGAUCUAAAAGGGGUAGUACAGCAUCGACACAAGGGGAAUCUGGAUCGUUCUUUGGCUUUGGCAGUUCUACAACUCAACCUGAUUCUGCAAAGACCCCUGAAUCACUAGGUGGAAAAAUGUUUGGCUUUGGUAGCUCCAUCUUCAGUUCUGCAUCGACUUUAAUAAACUCAGCUGUCCAAGAUGAAUCCAAAAAGACACCACCAGUGUCUCCUAAGAUGUCUUCUGCACGUGACUCCAAGUCUCCCACUGUCAAGAAACUGGUACAGGAGAAAACAUCAGAGCAAACACAAAAAGACAAAGGUUCACCAUCAGUACAGACAAAAGCAGGCAAACCUCCUGAAGAGGCAUCCAAGACAGCACCUGCAUUGCCUGUCGUUUCUAAGACAGGCCAGUCAGCUUGUCCUAUCUGUAAACUGGAACUCAAUAUGGGUUCUAAAGACCCUCCCAACUACAACACCUGUACUGAGUGCAAAAACACUGUCUGCAACCAAUGUGGAUUUGAUCCUAUGCCAAAUGUUAAGGAGGGGAAGGUGUGGUUAUGUCUCAACUGUCAGAUGAAAAAACCAGCAGAGCAACCAGAAAAGCCACCGCAGAGCCAAAAGACAGGACCUCAAAAACCACCUGAACAGAGAAAUCCAACUGAAAUCAAAAAGAGUAGUAUUACAUCCACUACACAAGAGGAGUCUGGAGCUGUCUUUGGAUUUGGCCGUUCCACACCUCCCUCAGAUUCUACAAAGCUUGGUGAAUCACGGGGUGGAAAAAUGUUUGGCUUUGGUACCUCCAUCUUCAGUUCGGCUUCGACUUUAAUAAACUCAGCUGUCCAAGAUGAAUCCAAAAAGACACCACCAGUUUCUCCUAAGCUUCCUGUCUCAAAGGCGAGUGAAUCACCAUUUGUUCAGAAGCAGGAGCAGGAGAAGAAGGCUGUGCAAGUUCAAGAAGCCAAGACCUCUCCCCUGAUACAAGCCAAAGUAGAGAAAGAGCCAGCUUCACCAGCUCUUCCAAAGGCAGGCCAAUCUACCUGUCCACUCUGUAAGAUGAAACUCAACUUUGGCUCAAAGGAACCGCCAAACUACAGCAAAUGCACUGAAUGCAAGAACACUGUGUGUAACCAGUGUGGAUUCAAUCCAAUGCCAAAUGUGUCAGAGGUUGGUUAUGCAGAAUGGUUAUGUCUGAACUGUCAGAUGCAGAGAGCUCUUAGUGCAGCUGAACCCACAGGGCCUCCUGUGAAACACCUCCAUGGAGAUAAAAAAAUUUCUCCAUCUGCUGUACAUCAUAAAGCAAUAGUUACUGAUCAAGUGGAAACUAAAAAGGAAAUAAAAUCAGAUGCAGCUCCUAAGAUGGAGACUCCAGGGGCUUGCAUACUUCAAAAGAAGGACACAGCCACCCUAGGCUCUCCUCAGAAGACACGGUCCACAGCAGUAGCACCUUCAUCUAAGGAGGCUAAAGGACCCGAAAGUGAAGGACAUCCUAGCCCAACUCCUGGUGAGAAAAAGCCUCUUGAUAUUUCAGUUGCAUCAGGCCCUGAGAAACCAACUGACCAGGGAAGUCAACCGGGAUUAAAACAGAGUAAGGUCACCACAGUCACACAAGAGGAGUCUGGAAACCCACUAGGUUUGGGUGGUAAAAUCGUAACUGAUACUUCAAAAACAACAGAAUCCAUCAGUGGAAAGAUGUUUGGCUUUGGAUCUUCCAUUUUCAGCUCAGCAUCCACUUUGAUAUCAUCUGCAGUUCAAGACGAAUCACGGACCACACCACCAAGCUCUCGAAAAAUGUCUGCGCCAGCACAAGUCUCGCCGAAGAUGUCUGCUGCAACCAAGAGUUCUCCAAAAAGUACACCAACAGUUUCUCCCAAGAUGUCACCGGCAAGGGAGCCUAAAACUCUUCCUCAGAAGCCAGAACAAAAGAAGAAACCAGAAGAAUCCCACCAAAGCAAAGAUGAUAAAGCUCUACCACAAGUAGCAAAAGUGUCUCAUAUGGCUCCUAAUGCAGGCCAGACAACGUGUCCACUGUGUAAGGCUGAGCUUAACAUAGGCUCCAAGGACCCACCUAACUAUAACACCUGCACUGAGUGCAAGAACAUUGUCUGCAACCAAUGUGGAUUUAAUCCCAUGCCAGUAGGAGAGGUAAAAGAGUGGCUGUGUCUUAAUUGUCAGAUGAAAAGAGCAGUAGGAGCUUCUGAGCUUACUGGACCUCCAUCACUAAAGUCACAAAUGUCACCCAAUAAAGUUUCUUUACCUGCUACAGUCCAGUCCAAGGAAUCUUCCAAACUGACUACUCCUCAAACAAAGGACAGUCCAGACACAGCUGUACAAAAGCAAACCUCAGAAGCAGUCUCCCCACAAAGAAAACAAUCAACAGCAUCUGUGAAACAGGCUAGCCCAGCACCUGAACGUAAAACAUCGGAAGAAAAAGCGAAAACAGCUCCUGAAAAAGUCCCAGAUCAGGCAACCCAACCUGGUCGUAAGCAAACUAAUGCCAAAGCAGCAACACAGCAAGAGUCAGGAGGCUUCUUUGGCUUUGCUGGUCCUAAGCCUCAACCUGAAGCUGCAAAGUCUGCAGAGUCAGUGAGUGGAAAAAUGUUAGGCUUUAGUUCUUCAAUCUUCAGUUCUGCAUCUACUUUGAUAACCUCAGCGGUUCGGGACCAGCCAAAAACUACUCCACCAGUUUCACCUAAGAUGUCUCCUGCAAGGGAAACCAAAUCUUCCACUGUAAAGAAACCAGAACAGGAGACGAAAUCUGAUCAACCAGAGCAGAUAAAGGGUCCACCAUCAAUCCAGUCAAAAGCAGAAGAGAUGAAACCCCCUGCUUCCCAGAAGCUGGAGCAGCAGAAGUUAACUGAGCCAUCCCUGCAGACCAAAACACCAGCAUCAAGACAGGUGCCAUUAGAAUCUCCAAAGGCAGCAGCUUCCCAAGCAGCUGUCAAACCAGAUCAGUCUACCUGCCCACUCUGUAAGGUCAAACUUAACACUGGUUCCAAGGAGCUGCCCAACUACAAUACCUGCACUGAAUGCAAAAACACUGUGUGCAACCAGUGUGGAUUUAACCCUAUGCCAGACGGAACUGGGGCAAAGGAGUGGUUAUGUCUUACCUGCCAGAUGCAGCGGGCUCUAGGAGUAACAGAGCCUCCAUCAGUAAUUUCAGUGAAUGCUCAGACACCUGCAAAACCCCAAAAGAAAGAUGUCACCAGCCCAGCUGAACCUGAAAAGAAGGUGUAUUCAGCACAGCAGUCACCUCAGAGGAAACUAUCCGUAACGGCACAGCCUGCUACAUCUGAGACUAAAGUCAAGCCAGAGGUUCACAAACAGGCCACCCCGGUUUCUUCUCAGAAAAUACAACAGAAGCCCCAGAAAACAUCAGCUCCUAACAAAUCACCAGACCAAAUCAGGCAGCCUGAACGUAAGCUGAGUACUGCCACUCCACCACCACGAAAAGAAUCGGGAGGCUUCCUUGGAUUUGGCAGUGGUAAAUCUCAACCUGAUGCUGAAAAGCAGGCAGAGUCUGUGACGGGGAAAAUGUUUGGCUUUGGUUCUUCUAUUUUCAGUUCUGCAUCCACUUUGAUUACCUCAGCUGUUCAGGACCAGCCUAAGACUCCACCAGUUUCUCCCAAGUUAUCCCCUGCAAAAGAGAUCAAAUCCCCUGCUACCCAGGAGAAAACCAAGGCUGAACAACCCCAGCUGAUCCAGACACCACCAUUAGUCUCAGCCAAAGUUGACAAGGCUCCAUCAGAACCUCCAAAAACAGGUGAAGCCUCCCAAACCACCGUCAAACAAGGCCCGUCCACCUGUCCACUUUGUAAGGCUGGGCUCAACAUAGGGUCUAAGGAUCUGCCUAACUACAAUGUCUGUACUGAAUGCAAGAAAACUGUCUGUAACCAGUGUGGAUUUAACCCAACACCAAAUGAAACGGAGAUGAAGGAGUGGUUGUGUCUGACUUGCCAGAUGCAACGAGCCCUCACAGCAGCUGAAUCAGUACAGCCUCCACUGAUGAAACCUCAGGCAUCACCCAGCAAAGCAUCCGCACCUGCCGCUGAGCAAAAAGAUGUCUCUGAGACUAAAACGAAAGAUAUUAUUCCCACACAGAAAACAGACGUAUUAGAGAAAAAGCAGAAAGAAAGUCCAAAACCAGAGGCACCAGCAGAGAAAAUGGAUAUCGUACAUCGAACUCCAGAUAUCGUUCCACCUGCAAAAGACACCACAGCUACUGUUUCAGCUGAAGCAAAAGAGGAGAAAGUUAGUUCACUGCCUGCCAAGGAUGUUCAAGCCAUCACUGCACCUCCAAGCGAAGAAAGACAACUGCCUUCCCAAGGUGCACCUGUUAUCACUAAUGCUGAAACUUCAGCUAUGAAGAAAAGUGAUCUCACACCAAGUUUUCCUCUGCCUAAAGAAGAUUCAGAAAAGGAAAACAAUAAAGUUGAAACACUUCAGAAAACAGCUGAACAGCUGAUUAUAUCCUCUGAUCAAAUACAGGAAAAACAACCCCUAAGCAAAGAAUCACACCAAGUUGUUGCUCAGAAACCACAACUGGAAAAGAAGCAACCUCAGCCAGUCAAGGCUCCUCUAUCAGAGCAGACAACAGUGGAUAAAACACCAAUAGAGUCUGAAAAACCAGAAGCUGCUCCCAAAGGGGCUCACUCUACUUGUCCACUCUGUAAAGCAGAACUCAACAUGGACUCCAAAAAUGUUCCAAACUACAACACCUGCACUGACUGCAAGACCACUGUGUGCAACAAGUGUGGAUUUAGUCCUAUGCCAAAUGUAACAGAGGUAAAGGAAUGGCUAUGUCUCAACUGUCAGAUGCAGAGAGCACUUGGAGCCUCUGAACCUCCAGGCCUACCAAUGAUAAAACCACAACCUUCACCAAGCAAAGAGGUCCCUGCCAGCACACAGAAGACAGACAUCUUGACAGCUUCUAAGAAAGAUGUUUCUAAGCCAGAUGUACCCAAAGGUGACCUUGUUAGCAUUCCUGCAGCCAAAGAAACUGUCUCCCCUGUCAAUAUUGACCUAACUAAGGAGGUUGCUCCAAAAGUUGCUUCAUUGCCUGACAAAAUGAUUUCAUCCACUAUCAUAAAGACGGAUGUUUCGCAAAAGCCUUCUGCAGAGACUCCCAAGGGACAGCCAGACACACCCCAGCAACAAACUCCAAAAAUUCAGCCUGCCGCUCCCCCUGAUUCAAAGACAGAAAAGGCACCCCCUCAACAGGCUCCAAAAGCUGCAUCUUCUUUAGCUAAGUCUGCUCUUCCAUCAGACCAAGAAGCAAGAAAGGCACCCCUUCAACAGCCUCCAAAAGCUGCGACCCCUCCAGCUAAAUCUGCUCCAUCACCUGUUCAGCCUGCAAAACAGGAAUCAGGAGGCUUUUUUGGUUUUGGCAGUCCUAAAACACAGCCUGCUGCUGCAAAAUCCGCUGAGUCAGUGACAGGAAAGAUGUUUGGCUUUGGGUCAUCGUUCUUAAGCUCUGCAUCCAAUUUAAUAACAUCAGCUGUUCAAGAUGAGCCUAAAACUACACCACCAACGCCACGUAAAAUGUCCACCACAGCCAGUGUCACUCCUAAAACUACACCACCAACGCCACGUAAAAUGUCCACCACAGCCAGUGUCACUCCUAAAACUACACCACCAGCCUCUCCUAAAACAUUACCUGCAAAGGACACCAAACCACCGCCUGUCCAGAAAACAGAGGAGAAGAAACCAGAGAAACCACAGCAGGAUAAGACUCCUUCAACAGUUCAAGCCAAAGUGGACAAAGUUCCAUCAGAGCCCCCUAAGGUGCCAGUAGACACCCAAGGUGCUUCAAAAGCAGAUCAGUCUGUCUGCCCACUCUGUAAGGUGAAACUUACAGUGGGCCCCACAGAUCCUCCUAACUACAACACUUGCACAGAAUGCAAGACAACUGUCUGCAAUCAGUGUGGCUUUAAUCCAGUACCAGAUGAUUUAAAGGUAAAGGAAUGGCUUUGUUUAAACUGCCAGAUGCAGAGAGCCCUUGGAGUAUCUGAAGCCAUUGAACCUACUGUGGUGAAACCCCAGCCCAUGCCAAGCAAGGUUUCUACACCUCCUCGCUCUGAACAGAAGGACACACCGACAUUAGUCCAGAAGGAGAAAGCUGCAGAGUAUGCAGAUGUCCAAAAAGAGGCUACUCAAGUAGUUCAACCCAGAAAAGAAAUUCUCAAAGGUGAGGCUCCAGUGCCAACUGCAGUCCAAAGGAUGGACAAAGCACAGCAAGAUUCUAAGGAAAAGGCACAAGGACAUGCUCAGGAUGUGGCCAGCCAGCCAAAGCUUGUGGAAAAACCCCCACAAGGACAGAUUUCACAACCUACAAAGCCAGAAGUAAAGUCAGGUUUCGCAAAACAAGAAGCUGGCAAACUACCACAACAGCCAUCAAAGCCAUUGACCCAAUCUCCCAAGCCUGCCCCACCACCAGCUCAACCAGCGAAACAGGAGUCUGGUGGUUUCUUUGGCUUUGGUGCCCCUAAACCUACUGUUCCAAAGCCUGCUGAGUCAGUGACUGGGAAGAUGUUUGGUUUUGGUUCAUCAAUUUUAAGUUCUGCAUCUACAUUGAUAACCUCGGCAGUUCAGGAUGAACCUAAAGUUACACCACCUACUCCACGGAAGAUGUCCACUACAACAAGUGUCAGCCCUAAACCUACACCUCCGGUUUCUCCUAAGAUGCCCCCAGUAAAGGAUAGUAAACCACCGGCAACACAGACACCUGAUCCACUUCAACAGGCCAAGGCUACACCAUUAGCACAGGACAAAGUGCUUCAGGUUGCUCCUAAAGAAAGUCUGUCUACCUGUCUGCUCUGUAAGGUCAAACUCAAUGUGGGAACGAAGGAGCCACCCAAUUACAACACCUGUACUGAAUGCAAGAACAUUGUCUGCAAUCUUUGUGGAUUUAACCCCAUGCCUCAUACAGCAGUGAAGGAAUGGCUGUGUUUAAACUGCCAAACUCAGAGGGCUUUGUCAGGACAGCUGGGAGACUCAGGAAAAAUGCCUCAACCUUCACCUCCACCUGCCAAGUCAGAGACCCAGGCCACACCAGUAACCACAAAGGCAGAGCCCAAAACCACCUCAACGAAGUCAGAGACCAGGCCUGGACCCACAAAAUCACAACCCACCCCCGUGCCUGUUGAGACAGCACCAACAGUUUCAACCAUAAAAGCAAAUGUAGACUCAACAUCUCUCAAAAUGGAAACAAUGCUUACAGCAGCGUCUACACAUAUUGAGCUUGAGACGACACCUUUACCCACCAAAGAAGAGGUUUUAAAGCAACCUUUGACAGAGGUAACACCAACGAUUGACGUUCGAGAUACAGAUGUUACCAAGAAAGAAGAGGUACCAAAAACAGAUUUCAGCACGACAAAAUUACGCAAAACUGAAGAGUCUAAAACGGAUCUUCAUAAAGUUGAAUUUGAAGCAGGAGUAGCUGAACCUUCUUCAGUUCCAGUUCCUGACGCUUCAGUUGUCUCUGCGUCCCCUGUCACUCCAGAGGUUGCAGUAGCUCAAGUUAUUCCAGAGGCUCAGACAAAACAAGACCUGUCUGUUGCAGAGAGGAUUAUUAAGGUGGUAGACACUGAUGAUCGCACCAUCCUGACAGACUCAUCAAAAUCUUUGCAGCAAAUUAUGGUGCAACCAGAGUCAAAAGAACAGCAGCAGGUGGUUAUGGAAGGAGAUGCAGUCACAGUAACUGACAGCAAAGAAUUUGCUGAUGACUCUGCUGACAAAAUUACCAACAUCCUCUCAACCAUUGAGUCGCAACCAGUCUCUCCAAAAAGAAAAGAUGAAGAUGAAGACAAAGAGCUCAGUAAGAAACGAAAAGACUCUCUUUCCACUGCGGAGGUGCCUACAGAUGUCCCUGUAACAGCUACUAAGCCCAAAUCCAAACCAGAGGGUCAUGAUGAAGAGCAACCUCAGAUUUUACCCAUAUUACAUGAAUUGAAUGAUGAAAUAGUGAGUGGUGCAAGCAAAGAUGGUGCAGAUUCUUCUAUACCAGCAAAGGAGCAGAUAAAUGCUAAAAGAAGGCGUCUGAGUUUCCAAGCAAUGGAUGAAAGCAGUGAAAGUGAACUCACACCCUCACCAUCACCUAAAGUCCAGAGAAGGAAACUAAAGGUGAGCAAUAUUUCAUCCAGCAGUGAGGACAUCAAAACUGAGAGUGCUGACUCCUCUGUGGAAGACGAAGAGUUCAUCCGCAAGCAGAUAAUGGGUAUGGGUGAUGAAGAAGAAAUGUCUGUAUCAGAAGAUGAGAAAGAAAAGAAUUUGGAGAAUGUACAAGCUAUAAAGGAUACUGACCUUGAUAAUACAUUGGUGACAGUCAAACCACUUUCUAGAAAAGGUAGCACAGAUAAUGAAGACAGCCCAGCCAGGAACAAAGCAGUCCCAAAAACUGACAGCAUGACUGCUCAAAGCGUGCCUGAAACAUUACCCAGAACUACUUUCAAGAAAGCAAUUCCAGUCAUGAGACAAAGACAAAGCACAGAUGAAGAAAUAGAAAGCAUCACAGAAUCUGUGUCAAAGGGUUCAUCUAGUGUUCAAGCAUCCAGUUUUACUCCAGAAUCUUCACCUACAUCAGCCUCCUCCCUGGAAGAGGAUAGUGAUAGCAGCCCUAGUCGCAGGAAACCCAGUGGGGACAAACAGUAUCGCAAAGGUAAGCACAGGCAACCAACUCAGCCUCUUCCUACCAUCGAAGACUCCUCUGAGGAAGAGAAGAUGGGACCCCAUGGACAACUACUGUCCCCACACAAAGAUUCUUCCUCCACAGAGGAUCUGAAAGAAGUCACAGUUAUAAAGGAAACUCAUAGAACAUCUGGCUCGGAGUAUUCUGCCAGUAUAGAAUCAGAAUCAGAAGCCACUCAAGCUGUACAGAGAGGACGUAAACCUUCACCAACAGUCAUACCAUACACCCUUUCUGAUCCAUUUAUAGAAAAGGACAGUGUGACAAAAUCAUUAAAGAGUGCAGAAGAAGCAUACGAGGAAAUUAUUCAGAAGACUAAAGCUAUUCCAGGAGACAGUCCACCUGAUAUUGAGCCACUCUAUGGGGGGAUGGCAAUAGAGGACUAUCUUUAUGAAUCCUUAGUUGAGGAACCUGAAAUUAAAAUGAGUGAAUCUCGGGAAGAACCCAAAAAUGAUACUGGCUCUGAUUCUCUCAAAAAACUCAGGUCUCCUGAGGAGGUUUAUGAGGAGAUGAUGCAAAAGAAGAGAGAGUUAAUGAUGAUAGAGCAUGAAUUUCAGCAGGCACAAAAUGCCAUGGAAUCUUCUGCCUCAAGCGCUUCACAGGUCACUUGCCCUCCCUCAUUUGCUGAAACUUGUGUAGUGACUAUAGAAGAGACAUACCCAACUGAAAAACUUGAAAUGCCUCUUACAGAAACUGAAACUUUAAGUGACAUGUCAGCAAAGAAAAAGAAGCGACCAGCCCCUCCACGCCCUUCUGAGCCCCCAAAGCGUCCUGACAUAACUGUUGUCCCUAGUACUCCUAGUGGGGCUAUAAGUUUUGUUAGGCCUAUGAUUCAACAAGAUCCUGCAUUAAGGAAAGCAUUGUUCCCUAUACCAGACCUCAAGAUUACUCAGUGUUCAUCUGGGGAAGAAGAGGAUGACAGUCUUGCAGAUGACUAUGGCAUUGGUAUUUCCUCUGACAUUACCCCCAGUGAUGACUCUGAGACCAAAGAAGAACCAUGCAUAAGCCCAUCUUUGUCUGAAACUGUUGAGAUGGAUCCUAUAUGUGUAGUCUGUGAAAUUCCAGAGCCAAAACCUAUUCCAACUCCAAUAUCAGCUCCAGAACUAACUACAACACCUUCUCCUGUAUCACCAGUGUCACCUCCAACCUCACCAGCUAGUGCAGAUUCCAGUUUGGCCUCUAAUGCUACAUCUUCAUCUCCAUUCCAGGCUCAAACACCUCUUUCAUCAGAUUCAACUCCACUGUCUACACCAACACCUUCUGCUUCAUUUAAAACACAAUCACCUCCAGAGAUCUCCUCACCACUGCCUGCCACAGAUGCAGGAGUACAAUCUAAUGAAAACUCAGUCUCUUCUUCUCCAGUUACAGUUAUAGUUACAAUACCAGAUGUUGUGUCUGAUCCAUCCAAAGUGCAAACAGCUACAGCCAUUCAAGUUCAGACUUCUACAGUAGAAGCCAUAACUGCAUCACCUGUUGUGGUACAAAUGCCAGACUUGGUUUCAUCUCCAUCUCAGGUUCCUGACAACAUUCCAGCUAUUUCACAGGUCUCAGCACCAAGUCCAGCACCUUCUGUUGUCUCCAUUCAUUCUACAACCCUAGUAGCAGCCCGACCUGUUGCAGUCUCGGCUCCAACAUCUGCCAGUCUUUCCACUUCUGUCACUCUAGUUUCAUGUCCUGAACCAGUCAUAGUGCAGAUGCCUGACCUGGUUUCAACCACAGCUCCCAUACCAACACAUCCCCCAUUACCAGUCUCACCACUUGUUACUACCCCAGCUCAAGCUGAAACUAAAGUGGUACACUCAGUCCCUGUACAAUCAGCCAUCCCAUCAGUCAGUCCAGUGGUAGUCCCACCUCUGGCUCAAACCGCCCAGAUGCCUUCAGCAGCAACAGCUUCAACUACUAUAGUCAAAAAGAAGGUCCCGCCUCCUCCUCCCCCUCGAUCUACUUCGGUAUCAUUACCUGAAACUAAUAAAGAUGUUCCUUUUGUAAAACCUGUUGAGCAUGCCACUCGGACUACAUCACCUAUGGGAACCACAGCUGUUGGACAGCCAAUGCAAUCUGUUGUUGUGGAUAUCCAACCAAGAAUGGAAGCCAUGAAAUCAGAUGGUGGAGUUGUACCUCAGUUAGUAACACCAAAUAGACAGGGGCAUGUAGUUAUCAUUGUCCCCAGUGUAGAGAACAAAGCUUUGAUUGAACAAGCCAGAAACCAAGGUAUACCUAGCAAAGGGCCAAUAUCUUUCAUUGCUUCUGCUCCAUAUGGUAGCCAAGUAGCCCCACAUUCUGCUUCAGAUGUGUGCAGUACAGAUAUAUCUUCACUUCCUACUAAGGUGGCAACAGUGCAGGAAGUUGUAGCUCCACCCAUUUCACCUAAAGUUAUAGACACAGUAGAAGUACCCAUUACAGUUUCUAGUCCAACACCUCCAUCCACUUUACCCAAACCAACUGUUCCAAAGCAAUCAGUUCCCACUCCAGUGACAACUGCUAAAGCAAAUUUCACACCAGUUCUUUCUGCAGCUUCUAUUCCUAGUCAGACUACCAAGCCUCCUCCACCCAUACCACCUAAACCUGUAUCAAUUCCAGCUGGACUGGUUUUCAGUCAUAAACCAGGAGAGAGUGUCAAGCCACCUCCUGUAGCUCCCAAAGCGGCAACCCUCCCCAGGACAAAAGAACCUCCAAAGGCUCUAUCACUUAGUCUGACAAGACCUGUGGAGUCUAAGUUGGGUGCAACAUCUCCUAAAUCACCUGUAUCUCCUAGACAUGCGAAAUGUUUACAAACCUAUGUAGUGAUAACGCUUCCAUCAGAACCUGGUUCACCAACAGAGUCCAUAACUGUCCAAGCACCUGUAAGAAGAGGGUCCAUCCCUUCCACAAAAGUGUCAGGAAUACGGACAACACCAUCAGAGCAGAAAGCACCCAUUGAAGUAUUCUCAGCACAGGCUACAGUAAGGAGAGCCUCGGUCCCUACUGUAAGGCAUCCACCUCCAAUAUCUGUAGCUUCAGCUGUCCCUGAACAAAUGACAACUUCUGAGGUAGUAGUUUCUGAAGUCCAAGCUAAAACAGACACUAUGCCAUCUGUAAUGCUGUCAUCGCUUCCUGUAGUUGAUAUCGUAACAUUGCCAUUAGCCCAGGAAACUUCUGUCCAAGCACAUACUGUGCCUUUUCCAAUUAAGAAACCAUUUGUGCACCAGGAGCAAUCAAUGACUCCACCACUGUCACAACCUAAAACACUGUCUGAGGUCAUCACAGUGUCCCCAGAGCCAAAAAUUCUCAUUCAUCCAGUCCAAGCCACAAUUACAGAGAUCAUAACAGUUCCAUCAGAAAGUUUAAGUGAAGCACUGGUUCCUCAGGCUCCCAAACCAACCAUACCUCUCCAGCCAGAGCCUCUGAUUGAAGUUUUUUCUACUUCAUUGCAGCCUGGAGUAUCUUUUGACAAACCUGUAGCCCAAGAUAGACCAUCUGCAACUGUUUUUGAUGCACAAGCUGCAGCCCAAAUUGAAAUGCCACAUACAGACGAGGAUGUACCUACUGAUGUCGUUGUUGCAGAAGCAAUUUCAUUAAGAUCACUGAUACCAGGUGUUCAGCAAAUCCCUGUUGAGCAUCCACUUACAGUAUCUGAAGCAAUGACUCAUUCGAAAGAUCAAGAAUUGGCCACAGGUCUUAACUAUAGCUGGACCAUUUCUGAACCCUCACCUGUUCUACAAACUAUUCAACCUUCAGAAGUUCUGCCUGCAGUGACAGAACAUCUGCCUACUCAGCAACCACUUCUUGUAGCUGAAGGGGUUUUCCUCCCUACCAAGUCUGAUGUACUCACAGAAGUUAUUACAACUGAUGCAGCUGUUAGAAUACCAGAGAUAGCAAUGGUACAUCCAUUACCGCAUCAUCAACCUGUGGUAAGUGAAAUUACCCCUGUUGAGUUAAUGCCAUUAACUAUAGACGAUAAGAAGAUAUCUCCUACAGCUGCUGAGGAAACACCAUCACCUCUUAUCAUGGAAGUUGAACACAUAGUUACACAUCCAAAUAUACCUCCUCAUAUAUAUAUUCCAAAGGUCUGUGAAGGAAUAACAUCCUCAGUUAUGACACAUUCAGUGCCACCACUGGCAUUGCAACCUCAAUUUGAGCCUCCUUCACAAAUUAUAACUAAGGAUGCUGAUCUCAUAGCUUCUUCAAUAUCAUCAUCCAUGAUACAACCUCAGGCUGGGCCUGGAAUGCCAGUUAUGACAACUGAGGAAACCACCCAUAAGAGGAGGACAUCCAUAUCUUCCAUAGUACAGCCAACAUAUGCCACAACUGAAAGAUUUACUUGUCCUACAGAGUAUGAAAUGCCCAGACAAGUGGUUACAGCUGAAGCCUUUGCUGCCACCAGAAGAGAAUCCAUAACCAUGCAGCAACCAUACCAAUUAGCACAGGUAGUAAACCUGCCAGCUGAAAAAGAUGUUUCUAAUGAUGGUUAUGCUGUUCAGCUCCCCUACAGAAGAGAAUCUAUUCCAGAACGCCAACCACAUGCAUUGACUUAUUCAUCAGAAUAUGAUCACCCUGUGGAGCUAAUAACCACUGAGGAAUACACCGCGAGGACCUCACGGCCCACAGUGCAAGACAUUCCACAGAAUGUUUCUCCAGUCACCAUCACUAAAAUUCAGCAAGAGUCUAUUGAAAGCCAGGAGAUAAGAGGAGCAGAAAAGGUGGUCUCUAGUAUGAGCCAUAUGUAUUCAGCUUCAAUUUCCACCUCAGGCCAGCCACCUGAAAGCCUUCCUAGCCUAGUUACUCAAGUAGUUACCACUGAGGUCCAGAGGACCACUGUUUCUGUUGUCCAUGAAAGACUUCCACAGGUCCCUCCACCUAGUGUAGCAAUAACUAUACAACCAGACAUUGCUAAAGUCCAACCUGUACCCAAACAGAAUGGUAAAAUAUAUCCUGGUGAUGUUAUUGAUUUACGUACAAUGAAGGUUGGUAUAAAGAUGACUGCGCAAGGCAUGGACCUGACUCCGCCUGAAUCAAGUCGACAGUCUUUUUCAAGUGACUCUAGUGGCCGUCAAAUUACAGCAGUACAGCCGGAGAUAGUAAAUCUUAGUCCAGCAAUUACCCCAGCAACCACACUGUCUGUUGUCACUGACAGCAUCACAAUUGUCACAUGCACAGCUACUAUUGCUUCAUAUAGCAACACUCCAGCAGAGAAACCGCUUGAUUUGCAAGGCCCCGUUACAUCAUUGCCACUAUCCCUCACAACAUACAAACCAUUUGAGCCCUUAGCACAGAUCGUAUACAGACCUGUUAGCACCCAACCCAUGCUGAGUGCUGUAGCAUCCACAGCUCAAGAUAUACCAAUUAAUCUUUCCUUUGAAGCUCUUGUGUCCUCUGGAGCAAAACAGCCAUUGACGUCAGUCCCCACACUUCUCAGCAAUGGAGGGCCUGUCCUUUCUCUAGAGGCCACAGAGGCCAUGGAUCUGACAAACUACAAACCAAUGAGAGCUGUGGUAGCAUUGUCUGGUACAAGUCCAGGAGUGGUGACCACUGUUGUAGAGGAUGAAGGGACCCCAAUGGACCUUACAGCAGGAAGGCAUAGUGUUUGCUGUGAUGUAAUUUACAAGCUACCAUUCACGGGAUCAUGCAGAACACAGCCUCCAGUUACAAGCCAACCUGAUAACCGUUUUGGCUACAGAGAUGACCACUAUCAAUAUGAUAAUGCUGGACUGUAUAGUAUCAAAGGAACUAAUGGCAUAAAAGCAUCAGUGUCUGAAACCAACUUGACAGAGGCAGGACUGUUUUCCAUGGUUCCUAAAAGUGACUAUGACUACCUCAGUGGCUCUUCAGAUGGCGCUAUAGACCUCACUGCAGCUAAACUUUCUGCUGGUAAAGCACUAGACUACACUAGCAAAACGACUGGAGUCUACCCUUUGAUGACUACUGCUCAAUACUCCCAGAUCCCUGCAGCUGGGUUUGGUGUAAAUAGUGCUCUAAGGACAUCAGAUGGAAUAGUUUACUCCUCUGUUGCUGCCCCAGUUCCAUCCACAUAUGCAAUUACGACUCAGCCAGGUUCUGUCUUUAGCACAACCUUAACACCCACAUCAAUAGUCCACAGCCAGCCAUUACCACACCCAUAUGGCUUUAUCCCCACUACAGACCCUGGACAGAUAAUUCCUUUUGACUCUGGGCUAUCUAAAGAUUUUCUACCUACAGCUUUGGCUGACAUCAUAACUGGCUAUCCAGAGAUGUACUCUGAUGCCACCCUGGAAGCUAUUGCUGCUUCUCUGGAUGCCCUAGCUUCUUCUCCAAUAUUCCCUGGCUUAGAUAACACCAAAAUGGCCCAGUAUCAGAUGGAGAGGGAAUUUCUAGAGCUAGAGAAGCUUAAGCAACUAUGUCUUGCAGAAGAGCUGGAAUGGGAAAGGCAAGAAAUCCAGCGAUAUCGAGAACAGGAACAGCUUAUGGUCCAAAGGGAGCUUGAGGAACUUCAGGCUCUGAAACAGCAGCUUCUCCUUCAGCAAGAAGAGGAGCAUCAUGCCCACAUGGUGGCUCAACAGGAGACCUAUGCACAGCAGAAAGAGCAGUUGCAGCAAAUUCAGCAGCUCCAACUGCAACUCCAGCGGCAGCUAGACGAGCACUAUGGUAGUACUGGUCCCACUGGAAAUCUUCUAGAUGCUAAAUAUGCAGGUGUAGGAGACAGUGGCCAGUACUGGCCAGUCAGAGAUGAGUCUACGACUCCAUCUGCUGGGACACACAUAGAGGAAAGUCAAGAUUUAGUAAAGCUUCAAGCUGAUCAGGACAUAGGGAAAAAAAUAAUUGAUAGUGGGGUGCAGACAGAUGAUGAAGACUCAGCAGAGAAACAACACGUUGGAAGGAGAAAGAAAAAUAAAAGAAACAUUGAUAGCUCAGCUCAGACUGACGAUGAAGACCAAGAUGAAUGGGAUGCUCCAACAAAAGCUCGGCGACGCUCUCGAAAGCAUAGCAGUGAUGGAAAACAUGGCUCCAAGGUCUCUAGCAUUGCUAUCCAGACAGUGGCAGAGAUAUCUGUCCAGACUGAUCACUCUGGAACUAUCAAGCGACCUAAUGUCCAGAUGGACACAAAAGUAGAAAUCAUUAAACAUAUAUCAGCUCCAGAGAACUCUCAGAGAGGUGGAAGUCUGAGCUGUCAGACAGACUCAGACAGAAGACAUGCUCCCACUGAGGUGGGCUACAGCACACACCUCUCAGCAGACAUCCCCGCUAAGUCCAAAACCUUCUAUACUACAGUUUCCCCACUGUCCCCAGAAAAGUCACUUGGAGGACAGAGAAUGUUGACUGCAGACCCAACCAGAUUUUCUUCUGGUCCUCGGAUAUUGAAGGCUGGUCAAAAAUCUCUAUCUGACCCUAAGUCCCUUAGUCCUUCCACAGAAGACAGGAUGGGUGGAUACUAUGCAGACAGCUAUUCUAGCCGAGGCUCUCCCUCUAGUACAGGUAAGAAGGUAAAGAGAACACUGCCAGAUCCCCCUCCUGAAGAUGACUCCCUCUCAGGACGGUCAGGCUACAGCACCAACUCUGCUCGACGCCGUCUAGCUCGUAGUACAACUAUGGCCCGGGCAAAGAUCCUGCAGGACAUUGACAAGGAGCUCGAUCUAGUGGAGAGAGAAUCUUCUAAACUUCGAAAGAAACAGGCUGAGUUAGAUGAAGAAGAAAAAGAGAUUGAUGCCAAGCUACGGUACUUGGAGAUGGGUAUCAACCGUCGUAAGGAGGCCUUGCUGAAAGAAAGAGAGAAGAGAGAAAGAGCCUAUCUUCAGGGUGUGGCAGAGGAGCGAGACUACAUGUCUGACAGUGAGGUCAGCAACAUCAGAGAGACCAGAGGUGAUGGUCUUGAGAGACCACGGACAGCUCCCCAGUCGGAAUUUGAGCAAUUCAUCCCCCCACAGACAGAAGCUGAUUCCCAGUACAACACACUAACUAGUCCCUACUCUCACUAUGGCCAGUAUGUUCCCCAGACCCAAACCACUAGCCACUACACCCAACAGAACAUGUAUCAGCAACAAUCACUUUACCACCAACAGGUGUCUCCUUACCCAACCAUGUCCCUCUCCCAUGCCCAGACUCAGCCAGGCAGCUACCAACAUGCUCUGCUCUUGCAGCAGGGGAAGCAGCGACAAACAAACCUGUCUGAUUUAGAGCCCAAAAUCACCACUAACUAUGAGGUGAUACGCAACCAGCCACUGCUCAUUGUGCCAACUUCCACAGAAAGUGGAUAUGGAGUGGCUCACCUAGGGGGCAAGUAUGGAAGCUUGGACUUGAGGUUAGGACUUGAGGAGAGGAGCAUGGCCUCUAGUCCCAUGUCUAGCAUUUCUGCUGAUUCUUUCUAUGCUGAUAUUGACCACCAUAAUGCCAGGAAUUAUGUGCUGAUAGAAGACAUAGGGGAGCUCACCAAGGCGUCAACAGGGCUGAGCAAUACUGGCUUGGGUUCUGGAUUCAACUUGCCUGAUAAGGAGAUGUCCAAGGCAGACAGACUCAGGCGCACAGCAGAGGUGGCAGAAUUUUUAGGCUCAUCUCGGCUUCAGAGUUAUGGCAAAGGAGAAGAUGAUACUAUGGAAGAACCUUAUGAGCUGAAGCUACUGAAGCAGCAGAUCAAGCAAGAAUUCCGACGAGGAACUGAGGGACUCGAACACUUGACUGGUCUGGGCUUACCACAAUAUCUCCCCAGUGACAGCAAUUUUCGCCAUUUCCCUAAAGGAGAGAAAUAUAGCAUUGGCAGGCUCACCCUUGAAAAACAGGCUGCAAAACAACUCCCAGCGGCUAUGCUUUACCAGAAACAGAUGAAGAACAAAAAGGCCCUUAUAGACCCUAAGGCCAUCACAAAAUUUUCCCCAAUUCAGGAGAGUAGGGACCUUGAGCCUGAAUAUGGUAGCUACAUGGGAUCUGGAGCGUCCUCUGUGUCCAGUCUGGCUGCUAGAGCUAGGCUACUUCAGGAUGAGAUUACAUUUGGGCUAAGAAAAAACUUGUCUGAGCAACAAAAAUAUUUAGGCUCCUCCUUAGGGGCCAACCUGUCUGGUUCUCUUAAUCUUGGUCAGUCUCUUGGACUUGGCUCUACUAUCAGGGCAACUGCCCAUGAUGAUGGCACCUACCCAAGUGGUACCCGUUCUCGCCCCUCCUCCCGACCCUCUUCAGUCUAUGGUUUGGAUCUAUCUAUUAAACGGGAUCUGUCCAGUUCUUCAUUAAGACUUAAAUCAGAGGGAGAGGUUCUAGAUGCAGCGUUUGCCCCUGGGGUAGCCAGAGCAAAACCCACUAGUUUACCUAUAAGCCAAAGCCGUGGACGCAUCCCCAUUGUUGCUCAGAACUCAGAGGAGGAAAGUCCUCUGAGUCCAGUGGGGCAACCAAUGGGUAUGGCUAGAGCUUCAGCUGGUCCUCUCCCUCCCAUUUCUGCUGACUCCAGGGACCAAUUUGGGUCAAGCCAUUCCCUCCCAGAGGUACAGCAACAUAUGAGAGAGGAAUCUCGGACUCGUGGCUAUGAUCGAGACAUCGCAUUCAUCAUGGAUGACUUGCAAGGUGCCAUGUCUGACAGUGAAGCACAAAGUGAGUCCAUGUUGGCUUUGAACAGAGAUGAUGCCAGAAUCUUUCAUGAAAGUAUCAGACACGCUGGAGGCCCAAACUGGAAUAUAGAAGCCUACCACCUGAGAAGAGAGGACACAGAUUGGUUUGAUAAGCCAAGAGAAGGGCAUCCUCAGAGCGGGAGUGUUUCAGACAGGAGACAGAUGAAACUCGUGCCUUAUGCCUUCCCUCACACUCGCAUCAAGCUUAAGAGAGACAUGAAGGACUCCAGUGUGUCAGGUAAUGGACUUGGCAUCCGUGUGGUAGGUGGUAAGGAGAUUCCAGGGAGUUGUGGAGAGAUCGGAGCGUACAUUGCCAAGGUCAUCCCUGGUGGGGUGGCAGAACAAACGGGGAAAGUUGUGGAGGGAAUGCAGGUGUUGGAGUGGAAUGGAGUCCCUCUAACGGGAAAGACUUAUGAGGAAGUGCAGUCUAUUAUGGGCCAGACAUGUGCAGAGGCGGAGCUUUGUGUGAGACUCGACCUAAACAUGCUGUCUGACCCUGAGCACCCACAAGCCCUGGAGCACCAUGUCCAGCUUAAGGCUGGUGGACAGCGUUCCCCCGGUGUGGAUCCUAAGCAGUUAGCUGCAGAAUUGCAGAAGGUGUCCCAGCAGCAAGCACCUUGUAUGGCUGGAGUAGGAGCUGGGGGAUUGGGGGUCCUGUCUGCACUAGAGCGCUCUGCCCUCCUCCACUCUGGUACUGGAUCGGCUGCCUCCAGUGGGGUGCCAAGCCCUGGCCAGCCUGCAUCCCCUGCAAUAAGCAAGAAGCAGCGACACAAGCAAACAGAGAUGAUGAAGAUGCCUCAUCCCAUCACAGGAGAAAUUCAGCUCCAGAUCAACUAUGACAGAAAUCUAGGAAAUCUUAUUGUCCACGUCCUGCAAGCUAGAAACCUGGCCCAAAGGGAUAAUGAUGGCUACUCUGACCCUUUUGUGAAGGUCUACCUUUUACCUGGGAGAGGCCAAGUCAUGGUUGUCCAGAAUGCAAGUGCUGAUAACAAGAGAAGGACCAAGUAUGCCCAGAAGACCAUGAACCCAGAAUGGAAUCAGACUGUCAUCUACAAGAACAUUCAUCUGGAGCAGCUGAAGAAAAAAACGCUGGAGGUGACAGUGUGGGACUAUGACAGGUCCUCCUCCAAUGACUUCCUUGGAGAAGUACUGAUUGACUUGUCAAAUACCACCCAGCUGGACAACACUCCUCGCUGGCUGCCUUUGAAAGAGCAGAGUGAAAGCAUUGAACACAGCAGAGCCCACCAUGCUGCCCAAGGUCCGUCAGGGUCUGGGUCAAGUCAGGGACAUGGCCAGGGCCAGGGCCACAUUUCAGGUUCUGGACAGGGGUAUGGAAUGGGUCAGAGUCUAGCACCAGGGCAGGGAGAUGGGAGUCAUGAUUCACCUAAAAACUCUGUAAUCAAGAGCAGAAGCCAUGGAAUCUUUCCUGAUCCAGCUAAAGACAUGCAAAUGAUGCCUUUGGAAAAGUCACACAGUAGCCCAGGCAGUUCCAAGUCUUCCUCCGACGGCCAACUACGUUCCCAUGGCCCUUCCCGAAGCCAAAGCAAGAGCAGUGUCACUCAGGCCCACCUUGAGGAUGCUGGAAUAGCAAUUGCUGCUGCUGAAGCUGCCGUGCAACAAUCCUGCCUGCAACCAAGACCAGGACACCGGCUGAGUGAUGUUUCAGGGUCAGUGGUACUAUCUGCCCCGAGCCUGGUUGGAGACGCUUAUGGAGGUCUGGAUAGUGAAGAUGGAGCAGGCACAGGAGUGGACAGUGCCAUUUUUCAAGUGCCACGGAUCGGUAAGACUAUUCCUAAUGGCACAGACAAAAACCAACUUGAGACUGCAGAAAAUGAAGCUGGUAAAACACAAGUAAUGGGGGAGAUCAAGGUUGCUCUCAAGAAGGAGGUGAAAACAGAAGGGGACCAACUGGUCUUGGAGAUCCUUCAGUGCAGAAACAUCACUUACAAGUUCAAAAGCCCAGACCACCUGCCAGAUCUGUAUGUGAAGUUGUAUGUGGUGAAUGUGGCCACCCAGAAGAGGAUCAUUAAGAAGAAGACGAGAAUUUGUCGACAUGAUAGAGAGCCUUCUUUCAAUGAGACCUUCAGAUUCCCCCUAAACCCAACUGGACACUCCAUACAGCUUUUCUUGGUGUCUAAUGGAGGGAAGUUCAUGAAGAAAACCUUGAUAGGUGAAGCCUACAUCUGGCUUGACAAGGUGGACAUGAGGAAGAGAGUGGUCAGCUGGCACAAGCUGUUCGUCAGUUCCACUCAGACCAACCCCUGAACACCACACCAAAAAGAUCCAGAUGCAGCAGAUCAGCCAACACUAAAUGCAAAGUGCAUAGUUCAGAGAUGUGACAAAAAAAAUGAAUAAGAGAAUGAGAAUAAGAGCAAAGAAAAAAGAUUCCUUUAAUUCGUUGCUUCGGUUUAUAAAUCAUAAAAUAAAGGUUUAUUAUGUGCUACUAACAUUGCAAUUAUAUCAGUCCAACACUGCCAGCACAUUUCCACCUCUUCCCAUUUCAAGUCUCUGCUGGUUUUGGAUUUAACAUGCAAACAUAAAAAGCUGGCACUGAUAGACACUCAGCAGCAAUAUGGCUUUGAGGGCAGUGACGUCUUUCUUACCACAGUUCUAUUUCCAUAAUCCACAUGAGACGCCGAGAUGUGAUUCUGCACUACUGAACAAACAUAUCUAACAAAGGGAAAGAUGAAAAACAGAAUCAUGGAAUUCAUUUUAUUUCCUUCAUAUGAGAGACGUGGUUGUGCUACGAUCGUGAUGUGUGUGGAUUUAAGUGGUCUUGGAAUAUUAACUGAUGAAGAAAUGCAUACAUUUUUUGUACAAUAUUCUUUCAGUUUCAUUGAAAAAGGAAAAAAAAACACAAUAAAGAGCUUAUGUAGGCCUGAGUCAGACAGUUGACCUUUGCUGUGGGAUGAGGAUUAAAUGUACAGCACUUCUGAUUGUAGAUAUCCCACAUGCAAAUAUAAGAGCAUAUCAGAGAAUCACAUUGUACAGUGUGACGUUUAUAUAGUAUACACAGAUAUCAGAUGCAGAAUAUAUCUAAAUAUAAUAUACAGUAUAAGAGUUGUUCUCUUGUCACUAGAUUAUAUAUACAAAUAUAUAUAAUAUGGGACAGAUACAGACUUGUUAGAUUGAGGCUGUGAGUGGCGCACUGACAAUCCAGUAAUCUAUGGUGUAGGCAGUCACAAUAACUAUUAUGUGAAUGUGGACCUAUGUGAGCUCAAGGAUGUUAAUAAUCAUGUUCAGUAGCUCCCUUGGUUCUCUGAUCACACUAAUGCACCACUAUAUCGAACAGGGCUGUGACAGAAUAAAAAUAAAAUCCAAGGUCAAUGACAACCUCUAGUGGCUGAUUACUAUUUUACUAGCAUGAUAUUGUUAGGAAAGAUUAGAAUUAAAGUUUAAAUUAACAAUGAACAGCAUCUGCUGUGUUGAAUGUUACAACUGUGGAAGGUGAGUUUCACACAUCCGUCUCAAGUGUACAACAUUUUGCUUUAAGAUUGUUAUAGUGGCUCAGAUUUUGCUAAUAUUUCCUUCUGUGUAGUCCAUCGUCAGACAUGUAAUUCAUACAAUAUGUGUCAAAAUCCUCUGUAGAUCUGCAACUGUCAUUACUUCAGUAUGACAGCCCUGCUGUCUCUGUGUUAGUAAGUCCCUCUGGUCUGAGUUUUCCCUGAAAAUUAUUUCAAAAGGAAGAAAAAAAAAUGCUUUACCAUUCAAACGUCAAGGUUCUUUUGUGUGUCUGGCUGUACUGUAAAACACUUAACUAUUUUGUGUCAGUGACUCCCAUUACAACACAUUGAACCAGCCUCUUUCACUGCCUGCAACCAAAACACUCAGGCCCACUGGCGUACAGUGAUGUAUAGGAUCAAAUGAAAGCAUGGGGCCUAGUCUCAGUACUAAGGUGUGAGUAGGUGACCCAUGUAUUUAUCUGUAUUCGUCUUACAAUGUUUUGUCACCUUUACCUGUACAGAAUGAAAAAUUGACCCUCAGAACUACUGUUAGUGUGUUUAGGCACAUCACAAAGCCAAUGCAACUAUUUAUAAUAUAUCACUGGAGACUACAAACAUAGAGCAAGAUGUCACUUAUCGCCUAUAAUAAUUACAAAGUAAAACAAACAAGCAAACAAAAAAGAGAGUAUAGUGAGGAAGAAAACAAGGUUAAUUUUUCAAUGCUGACAAUUAUUUUGUUGUGCCAACCGUGAUUUAUGUUUAAAUUCUUAACAGUUAUAUUUCUUUUUUACAUUCCAGAUCCAUUGUUUCAUUUGAAGUAAUUCUAUGCAACAUAUACGUUUGAAUGCAUUUGUGUUUUUGGAAUUAAAAUGUUUUAACUGUGAACAUAUGUUCUCAAAAUAACUGUAAGAAAAUAACUUUAAUUUGUACAUCGAUGAAAGAAAAUAUGAAAUACUCUGAUUUUUUUACUGAUUUUAAUAUAUAUUGACGUUAACGGCUGUUAACAUCUACAUGGAUCUUGUGCACUUUAUUAUUGCGUUGUCUCAUUUGUUCCAUCAUGACAUGCGGGAUUACGUGUUUUGUGUUUAUGCACUGAAAUGAACUGAGUCAUGGUGUAUGUGAUGGCAGGAAAUAUUGUGGUGUGCAUUUUGUAUCUAUGUGGAAAAAGAAAAAACAUGAAGACACACUGGGGUUCCUAAACGUAAUGCACAAUGUGGGGGGGGGAUAAAUAUCACUCUAAACUGCAUCAUGCUCUCAGUGUACUUAAAAAAGUUUGUGUACACAGUACAGUAAAUAAGACAUAUUAUCUCAAUGCUCAGCCUUGACUGUUCAACCCCUGUGUUUCAUUAGACUUCACCCAAGCUAAAUACUGUUUGUUUAGAUCAGCUGUUGCCUGUAAUCGUGAAUCCAUUCAUUUGUUGUUGUUCUGAGGGGUGUGAAUGUGACUCAAGUUGUUUGACAUGUGUACAUAAAGUGUUUAUUUUCUACAAAGAUUGAAUGUUUAUAUUGUCCAAAGUCUGAGCAUGUGAGUGUUGAAAAAAAAAAAUCACAAAAGACAUAUAAUUGUACAGCAGUUCAUGUCUAUAGCUGUAAAAGGGGAGUUGACUGUGUAAUCAAAACCUGUGCUGUCAACCAAUGACUAUGUGUGCAACUACGUCCCGUAAACUGCUGAAACAACACAAAGGGGGAAAAAAAAAUCUACUCAACUUCAAUAGUUGUCUAAAACUUUAUGUUUUGGAUGUUGCAUGUUUUGUUGAUGGUUUGUCGGUAUAUUUUGCCUAAAGAUUACGUUUAAAAAGAGAGAGAAUAUGUAUAGAUUUAUCUGUAUGCUGAGUGUAAAGAAAUAUGCUUGUAAAAUUGUCUUGUUUUUCACUCAGUGUAAAAACAAAACAUAUACUGUUAUGGUUUUGUGGUUGUACACAGGAUGUGUUGAGAUAUGCAAAUCGUGCUGUAAAAAAAAUCAGCGUUUCCCCUGAGUCUAAAAGAAUAAAUAUUAAGAAGAGUUAUAUUGCA